UCUUCUCUCCUCCCUCUCUGCUUCCUGAAGUCUUGAGCCUGCAAACACUCCAGUGCUGAUCUGUUUCAGCAGUAUAGAGUGAAGACCACAGAGGAAAAGAAGUUAAAAUUCAGGGAGGAAAUUUCAGACCAAGACUAAAACAUCACAUUAAGAAAAAUCUUUUAAAGGCAGAUGAUAAAAGUGUAAAGAAAAUCAGGAUCAGAGAGGAUCUAUAAAGCCGGUUUAAAAUAAAGAAUGGGCUCCCGGGUGAGCAGUGCUUUCCUCUUAACCUCCCUGCUGGCUUUGCUUUUUGGAUGUUCUUCAGUCUUGGCCCAGACCCUGAGACAAAGAGAUGCACUCUGUAACACAGAUGGCUGCUUUGUUGUCUAUUUUCAACCCAAAACCUUUUUGGAGUCAUGGAGGGCCUGCAAAGAAAAAGGUGGCGACCUGGCCACCAUCAAGCGGAAGGUGGACGCAGCCGCUAUUGCCAUUCUCUUUUCCACUGUGGAUCUGCGCCACUCACGCACUACUGUCCAAGUAUGGAUUGGCCUUCAGCGCCAGCCUCGCCAGUGCAAUGCCACGCGCCCGCUGCGAGGUUUCUCUUGGACUAUUGGUGACCAGGACACAGAGUACACCGACUGGCAGAACCCGGACUCCGCUGACUCGUGUUCAGUGCCUCGCUGUGUGUUUAUGGGCUACAGCACUGAAGACCAGGAUCAUAAUUUUAAAUGGAUAGACAGUGCUUGUGCAGUCUCUGCAGAUGGGUAUCUGUGCCAUUAUGCCUACGCAGGCAUGUGCCCUCCCCUGUGGAGUGAGGGAGAAGGCAAUGUUACCUACACCACACCGUUUAACCUUCUGAGCGCACUGCUGACUCAUGUACCCGUUGGAUCUGUUGCUACCGUACGCUGUCCUUCAGGCGCCAAAGAAGAGGUUUCAUGUAUGACGAGGGAAGAUGGCUCAGUGGGAUGGACCAAAGAAACUCCUCUUUGUUCUCAUUCCUCUAUAUCACACGACCUAUGUGACCAGGAUAAUGGUGGAUGUGAGCAUUUCUGCAUGGCAGCUGGUGCUGAUGUCUACUGUGACUGUGCUGAUGGAUACACGCUUGCACCAGAUGAACGCACUUGCCUCGAUGUAGACGAGUGCCUCGGAGGUCCUUGCGAGCAGAUCUGUGUGAACACCGUGGGGACAUUUGAAUGUCAGUGUCACGAGGGCUAUGAUAUAAACGAUGGGGGUGAGUGUGAGGAUAUUGACGAGUGUAUAAAUGACCCAUGUGAACAUGCUUGUGAGAACACCCCAGGCUCUCAUAUCUGCCACUGCCAUCUGGGCUAUUCCUUAGUGCCUGAGCAUCCCAGGCAAUGCCAGGAUAUCAAUGAGUGCGAGAUUCCUGGAACAUGCGAGCAGAUGUGUGUGAAUUAUGAAGGCGGUUUUGAGUGCUAUUGCAGUGAAGGCUUUGAACUCAUGUCUGAUAACUAUUCAUGUGAGAAGAGAGAGGAAGCAGACGACCAAUAUGCUGUCACUCCUCCUUCUCUUUGGGUCACAGGCCAGGCUGGACCUCUGUGGGACUAUGGCUGGAACCCAGAGCAGCGCCACACUGACUGGCCUACACAGGAGGAGGAGUCUCUGGACUGGCUGACAGAGUCCACCAGAGUUUUGAAUUCUGAUGUAAUUUGGGCCACCAGUCCCCCACUGGUGCUGGACCCCCUGACACAGGGAACUGAUAAAGAUGAAGAAGAAGCUGUAGACAGAGCUGACUGGUCAAACGGUGAUCAGAGAUUUCAGACUGAGCUGAAGGUUUUGUCAGCAACUGC